GCGAGAUACCUUCGUGCUGUUUAGACACUUAUCAAGUGUGAGUCAUUCGCAAACUGCGAAAGAUAAGGAGAGGAGGCUUGGUUUCAAUUGAAGAACCAAUAUUAUGGUCAACCUUAAAUGUACAAGCCUUCUCCUUGAUAAGUUUUGAAAAAGGUUCCUGCAUUGCAUGGAAAAGGACUUAAUUUAAAGUGUGUGAGCAUUAGGGUAUCCUCACAUACUCCAACUCGAAAAAUGCAGCUUUACUUCCUGAGUAUGUUGUUGUUCAGAAUUAACUGAAGGUACGAGCUACUCAGACUCAAUCGCUCAACGGUCAUGGAGGAAUUCCCGGGGAACUCUUGGAAGAAUUUCUGGGAAACUCCUGGAGGAAUUUCCGAAGAACUUCUAGAGGAGCUCCCAAAGAACUUCUGUAGGGAUUCCAGAAGAACUUCUGGAAAAAUUCCCGGAGAACUCCUGGAGGAAUUCCCGGGUAACUCUUGGAAGAAUUCCUGGACGAUGAUCUUAAGGAAGAACUUCUGCAGGGAUACCCGAAGAACUCCUGGAGAAAUUCCCGUGAAACUUCUACAGGGAUUCCCGAAGAAAUCCGGGAUGAAUUCCCGUGUACCUCAUGGUUGCUUUCCUGUUGAACUUCUGGAUGAAUUCUCGGGAAACUUCUGGAGGAAUUCUCGAAAAAAUCCUGGAGGAAUUCCCGGGGAACUGUUGUAGGAAUUCCCCGGGAAACUCUUGGAGAAAUUCCCGAAGAUCUUCGGGAGAAAUUCCCGAAAAUCUUCUGGAGAAUUUCCCGAAGAACUUCUGGAGGAAUUCCCGAAAAAAAUCCUGGAGGAAUUCUCGGGAAACUUUUGGAGGAUUUCCCGAGAUUCUUCUGGAGAAAUUCAAGCAGAACUUCCCAAAGCACUUCUGAAGGAAACCCCGGGGAUUUUCUGGAGGAAUUCUCGCCGAAAAACGUCACAUUUUGUUGAUAUACCAGUUAGCUCUCCUUGUGCACCAUGAUCCUUUAUGACCCCAACAUCAACUGUACACUAGGUCAACGAGCAGGACCCAAUGUGAUGCAUUAGAAAGGUUACAGAUUUAGCUGAGCAUAGUCUGUGCUGAGCGAUUUUUUCCAAGCCAUCCAAUCUGUUUAAAGUGUAUAUGGAGCGUAGAUUAUAGUACUUUACUUACUUUACUUUUGGGAACUAUUUCAGAAGUUUCUUCGAGAAUAUCUGCAUGAGUUUUUUUUUAGGAAAUUUCUUCAGGAGCUUCCUUAAAAAUUUCAUGAGAAAUUCCUUCAAUAAUUAGUCAAAAAGUUUCUUAGAAAUACCCCUGGUGUUCAUUCGGGGAUUAUUUUGGGCAUCUCAACAGGAGUUUAGGAAUUCUACUAGAACUUUUAUUAACGAGUUUUUCCUAGAAUUUCAUUUAUGAUUCCUCUAUCAGUUUUAUCGAGAAUUCCUCUAACGUUUGUCUUCUUCAAUUCCUCCAGGAAUCUUCUUGAACUCAAUUUAAGAGAUCCAAUGGAAAGCCCUACAGGUGUUCCAUAAGCAAUUCUUGCAGGCAUUGGAUUAUGAUUUUCCCCAGGAUUCGUAUUUUGAAUACCUCUAGGAGUUUCUUGGAGAAUUUCUACAGGAGUUCCCCUAGGAAUUCCUGAAGGAUUUCCAAUGGCAAUUCCUCGUAAGUUUCAUUGAGAUUCUACAAGUUCCUUCGAGAAUUCCACGAAUCUAUUAGGAUUCCCUGCAUGAGUUCCAUUGGAAAUUUCUCCAGGUGUUCCAGUGGCAAUUCCUGCAGAUGUUCAAUCGGAAAUUCAUCCAGGACUAGCAAUUCCUUCAGGAAAUCCAUUAGGAAUUGUUUUAGGCGUUCCAUUGGGAAUUCUCCCAAGAGUUGAAUUGGGAAUUACUUCCGAAGUUCAAUCGACAAUUGCUUUAGGACUGCUUCUUUGAAAAUAUCACAAGGAGACAAUGUUUUGCACAAGUUCCUCGAAGAAUAUAGUUUCUUUAUGAUUUCCUGCUGGAGUUUCUUGAAGAAUAGCUUCAAGAGUUUCUCAGAGAAUCCAUCCAUGAAUUCAUUUAGAACUUCAGAAGCUGCUAAAGAAAAUUUGGGAGGAAUUCCUAAAGGAACUCCUGCAAGAAUUCCAAAUUAAAUUUCUGUCGGAAUUCCCGCAAGAACUGCUCUAGGAAUCCUCAAGAAGGAAAAAACUGAUGAAGGAAUUCCUGUCAGCGGAGUCUAUGCUGGAGGAAUCUCAUAAGGAAUUUCUGUUGCCGGAUUCCCGGAAGAACCCCCAACGGAACACUUUCUAGAAGAAGCCCAGAAAAAAAAUGCCUGGAAUCAGAAUCCCAGAAAAUAUUCAUGCUGGAGGAAUCUUAAAAAAAAUACUUACAGGAGGAUUGCCGAAAGGAAUUCCUCUUUGUGGGACCUUAAAAAGAAUUCAAGCUAGAGAAAUGUCGAAAUGAUUCAAUUGAUUCAAGCAAUUGCUGCUUGAGAUUCUGCUGAAAGAAUUCCUGCUUAGAAGGAAGUCUUGGUGGAAUAUCUAGACGAAGUUCCUGCGCCGGAGGAAUGCUAAAAGAAAAUCCUGCUGAAGAAAUCUCAGAGCAAAUUCUUAAUUGAAUCCUGCAAGAAAUCUUUGAGCACAUUCCCUGAUGCCCUGUCCUACUGUAAGAUUGCCACAAGUGAACUCCUACUAGAGAAAUAUCAAAAGGAAUUCCUGCUGGAGGACAGUCAAAAGGAGUUUGGUAGAAGACGAAAAACCGAUCAGAAGCUUAAUAGGGUGGGUCCACUACCAGGAGUCUUUUAAUGAAGUUCCCACAACAUUCUAAAACAUGUCCUAUGCCAUUAAAAUUUCACAAAAUGUACCGGAUUGAAAUUGUUUCAUGAAAUGAUGAGGUUGUUCUUUAAAAAAGAAAGGUAAACUUUUCCAAGUUACAAUGAAUGCUGAAUUGUGAGAGUAACAAGCUGAACCUCAAUACAGACUUAGUCCAACUUAUGUUCUUGACUAUUCAGACAUAACAAGGAAUGCUCUUGUUUUCGAGGAUAUGUAUUAGCGUGGGACACAAAAAGACAUUUUACUCCUGUACACUUUUUGAGUUCCAUUUUGGCCCCAUAUCAACUGUGUAAAAUUUCAGCUCGAUCGGAGAAACUAUAUUUUAGCGCCAGCCGUUUUUAGUUUUCAUACGAUUUACUAUGGGGAAAAUCACUUUUUCAAAGAAAAAUCGCUACAGGUUGCCCCUUAACUCCUAAAAAUAUAUCGAUGAAUGAUUUCUGUUGGAAAUUUUGCGAGAAACAAACCCUCUGAAGACCGCAAAGCGAUCUAAGGCACGUGGAAAAAGUUAUUGACUGAAAACCGAAUGGCAUGAACGCUGUUUAACAUGUAAGGAAUAACAAUAAAUAAUAAAAUCAUCAUAUCAAUCGGUUAAGGCUUAAUAACUUUUUUCACGAAUGUCGCAUCGCUUUGUGGUCUUCGGAGGUCUGAUUCCUCGUAAAGUUAUCUACAGAAAUCAUUCAACGAUUUAUUUUUAGGGAUCAAUGGGUGACCUCAAGCGAUUUUUCAUUGAAGAAGUAAUUUUUCCCCAUAGUAAAUCGUAUGAAAAACUAAGAAUGGCGGGCGCUAAAAUAUAGUUUCUUCGAUCGAUCUGAAAUUUUGCACUGUUGAUAUGGGGCCAAAAUGGAACUUAAAAAGUAUACAGGAGUUGGAGUUUUUCCAUUUUUUAUAUUUUCCCAUAUAAACCGUGUACCAGGCUAAUAUGUAUACACUUGUGUGUGGUGUAGGUGCUAAGUUGAGUGACUAUAAAUCAGGAGGUCCGAGUUCAAUUCCCAGUUUUCCCACAGAUAAGUUAUACAUACCUAAACAUCUUUUCUGGAAAUAGACGCAGCUAAUAGUAAAAAUAGGCUCACAGAGUGUUUUUAUUUUAUUUUCACACAAUUAAUAAAUUUUAUUGAUUACUGAUUAAGCGCAUAUUAAGCCUUGAAUCAGCCUUUCAAUGAACCUCAAAUCAGCUAAAGGUUGAAUAAAAUCACCAAAAUUAGAUGUUUAGGAGUUGAGUGAAGGAUUGUACCUCUUGUGCUCAGCUUUUGUUCAAAUGAUGGCUGAUUUAAAAUAGUUGGAGAAACGGUCGUGCAGCAUCAAAUUGUUAUCUGGGUUGCUUCCCCACACUGGUUUCAAUGCUGGGCGCUGCGUUACAGAGCGUCAACUUCGAACAUUUUCAAAGUUUAGAACGACUUCAGCGUUUUUAGUACAAUGACGUACGUCAAGCAACGAAUCAUUGUGGCUUGCUGCACUGGAAGCCAUUUACUUCAAACCGAGCUGUCCGUUAAAGCUUUGGUCGAAGUAGAAGUCGACGCAGCAUUGUGGCUCCCCCUGGAAUUCCUCCAAUACUUCUAGAGGAAUUCCCUAAAAAUUUUUGAAGGGAUUCCCGAAGAAUUCCUGGUAGAAUUUCCGGGGAACUCCCGGAUGAAUUCCCGGGGAAUUCCUGGAAAAUUUUCCUGGGAAAUCCUGGAGAAAUUCCCGAGGAACUCUUGGAUGAAUUUCCGGGGAACACCUGAAGAAAUUCCCGAAUAGCUUCUGGAGGAAUUCCCAAAGAAUUUAUGGAGGAAUUACCAAAAAAACCUGUGGAGGAAUGCAUUAAAAGUUGCUGGAAGAUUUCUCGGGAAACUUUUGGAGGAAUUCCCGAAUAUUUUCUGGAGAAAUUCCCGAAGAACUUCUAGAGAACUUCCCUAAAUAACUUCUGGAGGAAUUACCCAAGAAUUUCUGAGUCCCGGGGAACUCCUGGAGGAAUUUCCGGGGAACUCCUGGAGAAAUUUCUAGGGAACUCCUGGAAGAAUUUCUGGAGAACUGGAGGAAUUUCCGAAGAACUUCUAGAGAAAUUCCCUAAGAACUUCUGGAAGAAUUCCCGGAGAUCUCCUGGAGGAAUUCCCGAGGCACUCCUGGAGGAAUUUCCGAAGAUCUUCUGAAUGAAUUAGCGAGGAACUUUUGAAGGAAUUCCCGAAUAAUUCCUGAAGGAAUUCUUGGGGAACUCUUGGAGGAAUAUCCGAAAAUCUUUUGGAGAAAUUCCCGAAGAUCUUCUGGGGAAAUUCUCGAGGAUCUCAUUGAGGAAUUCCCGAAUAACUUCUGGGAAACUUCCUUUAAAAACUUCUGGAGGAAUUCUCGAGGAACUUCUGGAGAAAUUCCCUGGGAACUCCUGGAAUAAUUUCUGGGGACCUCCUGGAUGAAUUUCCAAAAAACGUUCAGAGGAACUCCCUAAGAAAUUCUGGAUGAAUUCCUGAUGAACUUCUGGAAGAAUUCCCGACGAACUCCUGGAAGAAUUUCCGGGGAACUUUUGGAGGAAUUCCUGGAUGAUGAGCUCGUGGAGGAAUCAAUUUUCAUUUUAGGGAACUACUGAAAGAAUUUCCGAGGCACUCCUGAAAAAAUUCACGAGGAACUCCUGGAGAAUUUCUGGGAACUCCUGGAGAAAUUCCGGGGGAACUACUGGAAGAAUUCCCGAAGAACUCUUGAAGGAAAUCCAGAAGAGCUUUAGGAGGAAUGCCCAAAGAUUUUUGAAGGAAUUCCCGAAGAACUUCUGGAGAUAUUUCCGAAGAACUUCUAGAGAACUUCCCAAGGAACUUCUGGAGUGAUUGCCGAAGAUCAUCUGCCGAAGAAUUUCUGAAUGAAUUCUCGAGGAACUUCUGGAGGAAUUCCCGAAAAAAUCGUGGAGGAAUUUCUGGGGAACUCUUGGAGCAAUUCCGAAGAUCUACUGGAGAAAUAUCCGAAGAACUGGAGAAAUUCCUGAAGAACUUCUGGAGGAAUGCCCGGAAUAUUCCUUGAGAAGUUCCCGAGGAAAUUUUGAAGGAAUUUCCGCAAAACUCUCGGAGGAAUUCCCGAAGAUCUUCUGGAGAAAUUACCAAAAAACUUCUGGAGAACUUCCCAAAAAACAUCUGAAGGGAUCUUCGGAGAACUUCUAAGUAGAAGAAUUACCGUACAAUUUCUGGAGAAAUUCUCGCGGAACUCCUGGAGGAAUUCUCGAACAACUUCUGGAGGAAUUUCCGAAAAACUCAUGGAAGUAUUUUCGGGGAACUCCUGGAGGAAUUCGCGGGGAGCUUCUGGAGAAAUUCCUGGAGAACUCCUGGAGGAAUUUCCGAAGAACUUUCAGAGUUAUUUCCGAAGAACUUCAAGAGGAACUCCCUACGGACUUUUGCAGCGAUUCGCGAAGAUCUCUUGGAAGAAUUAUCGUGGAACUCCCGGCUGCUUUUUCCACUUUUGUGAAGCACCUGAAAGAAUUCCCAAAAAAGCCCUGGAGAAAUUCCCGGAGAUAUUCCGGAUAAAUUCUCGAGGUACUUUUGGGGGAAUUUCCCAAAAAAAUCUUGGCGGAAUUCCCGGGGAACUUUUGGAGGAAUUCUCCAGGGAACUCUUGGAAGAAUUCUCGAAGAUCUUCUGAAGAAAUUUCCGAAGCGCUUCUGAAGAUAUUCCUGAAAAUCUUCUGGAGAAAUUCCCGAAAAACUCCUGGAGUAAUGCCCGUGAAAUUCUUAGAGAAUUUCCCGAGGAGCUUUUGGAGGAAUUCCCGUAAAAAUCUUGGAGAAAUUCCCGAAGAUCUUCUGGAAAAAUUCCCGAGUAACUUCUAGAGAAAUUCCCGAGUAACUUCUAGAGAACUUCUCAAAGAGCUUCUGAAGUAAUGCCUGAGGAACUUCUGGAGGAAUUGCCGUAUAACUUCUGGAAGAACUCCCAAAGAUCUCCUGGAGAAAUUCCCGAACAACUUUUGGGCGAAUUUCCGAAGAAAUCAUGAAAGAAUUCGCGGAGAACUCCAGGAGGAAUUCCCGGAGAGCUUCUGGAGGAAUUCCGGAAAAUACCAGGAGCAAUUCCCGAAGAACCCUCAGAGUUAUUCCCGAAGAACUUCAAGAGAAACUCCCCAAGAACUUCGGCAGGGAUUCCCAAAGAACUCAUGGAGGAAAUCCUUAUGAACUUCUGGAUGAUUUGCUAGUGUACUCCUAGUGGAAAUCUCAAAGAACUCCUGUAUUAUUAAAGUAGAAGGAUAAUAAGAAGAAGCUGUGCCAGGCGUAAUUUUCGGAGCAACUUCAAGAAAAGUUCCAGACGUGUUCUAAAAGAAACUUCUUAAGUAACUCCUGAUAAUUGGUGCUCGAAUCUCUUGAAGAAAUUCCCGGAGAAAUCCUCGGGGAAUCUUGGAAAGAACUUUUGGAGAUAUAGACGACGGGAGCCUUCAAAGAUUAUCAGAAGCCUUUGACGCAACUCUUCUCUCCAUUUUUUCUGCAGCAAUACCUUGAGGAAUCCUUAAAUUAAAUUAAAUUAAAUUAUUGAGGUAUUUACGAAAAGACUCUUGGAGGAAUACCAAGAGGAACUCCUAGGGGAUCUCAGAAAAAAGAAACUACUUGGGGAAUCCAAACGAACUCCGGCAACAAUUGAAUAAAUCCUUGGAGAAAUCUCAAAUGGAGUUUCCCGGAGGAAUCUCAAAAGUUUCCAGGUAAAUUUCGAUGGAGUUUCUGGUAGAAUUCUAGAAUUGCUGGAGGAUAGUAAUCGAUUGCUCAGUUUUGAAAAAAAAAAAUGUUCCUGCAAACCAAUUUUGUCAGAUUAACAAUGAAUCCCACAAUCAGCGAACACGAGGCGGCGUCGCUGGCGGCGGAAAUGUUCGAUCAUUUCUGCGCCGCGACCACCAUGCGCCAGAUCCUCGGCCUGUACAGAAACAUGUGCGAUAUCCUCAAUCUGAGGCCCGGCCCGCUGAACGAAUUCUAUCCAAAGUUCAAAGCGAAAAUUCGCAACUGGAAGGCGCAAGCCCUCUGGAAAAAGUUCGACGCCCGGGCCUCGCACCGGGUGUACAACAAAGGCACCGCCGCCAGCGGCACCCGUGUACUAGUCAUCGGCGCAGGACCCUGCGGUCUGCGUUCGGCAAUCGAAGCCCAACUGCUCGGUGCUAAAGUGGUUGUGGUAGAAAAACGUGAUAGGAUUUCUAGGAAUAACGUACUACAUCUGUGGCCAUUUCUGAUCACCGAUCUCAAAGCGCUCGGAGCGAAAAAGUUCUACGGUAAGUUCUGCGCCGGUUCGAUCGAUCACAUCUCGAUCCGGCAGCUGCAGUGUAUCCUGCUAAAGGUUGCCCUGCUGUUGGGUGUCGAGGUGCACGAAGGCUUGUCCUUCGUGCGAGAAAUCGAACCCAAAGAUGGUUGCGGCUGGCGAGCGGCUGUGACUCCGGAGGAUCACGCCGUGUCACACUACGAGUUCGACGUGCUGAUAGGUGCCGACGGAAAACGAAACACCCUGGAAGGUUUCAAGCGGAAGGAGUUCCGCGGUAAGCUAGCAAUCGCCAUCACAGCCAACUUUAUCAACAAGAAAACCGAAGCCGAAGCCAAGGUGGAGGAAAUCAGCGGCGUAGCGUUUAUCUUCAAUCAGUCGUUCUUCAAGGAGCUGUACCAAACGACCGGUAUCGAUUUGGAGAACAUCGUCUACUACAAAGACGAAACGCAUUACUUUGUGAUGACUGCCAAAAAGCACAGUUUGCUGGACAAAGGUGUGAUAAUUCAGGAUUAUGGUGAUCCCGCGGAAUUGCUAUCAUCCGCUAACGUGGACACGUCUAAGCUUUUGGACUACGCACGAGAAGCGGCAAACUUCUCGACCAAAUACCAAAUGCCGAACCUAGAGUUUGCCGUGAACCACUACGGCAAGCCGGACGUGGCAAUGUUCGACUUCACGUCGAUGUUCGCGGCGGACAACUCCUGCAAAAUCACAGUCCGUAAGAACUACCGGUUACUUUCCUGCCUUGUGGGCGACAGUCUCCUGGAACCGUUUUGGCCCACUGGAUCCGGCUGUGCCCGAGGGUUCCUGUCCAGUAUGGACGCGGCCUAUGCAAUCAAACUGUUCUCCAACUCAAAAAACAGUGCCCUCGGGGUGAUCGCACAGCGAGAAUCCAUCUAUCGGCUACUGGCGCAAACAACUCCGGAGAAUCUACACCGGGACAUUGGAGCGUACACGUUGGACCCGUCGACGCGGUAUCCCAACCUGAACAAGUCGUCGGUGAACAUGAUCCAGGUGAAACACCUGCUGGACACCGACGACCCGGCGCUGUUGGAUCAAAUGUUCCUGGAUACGAAUGCGCUCGCGGCCGGACCGGAAGUUACGGUUACGAAGCGGAAGCGGCGAACCAACGAUACGAUACCAUUGGGCACGGUGCUGUUACGGUGGGUCAAGUCCCAGCUCAAGGGUAACGACUUUGUGCAGGAGUUGUCGGAAGCGUCGCAGUGUUUCACGAACGGGAGGGUGCUAUGUACGCUGAUCAACCGGUAUCGGCCCGAUUUGGUGAAUUUGGACGAGCUGGAUGGUUGCGGACCGGACGAGUGCAACGAGCUUGCGAUAUCGAUCUUCGAGGAUCAUCUAGCAAUCCCGCGGAUAAUGUCCGGUCAGGAAUCGCUCACGUUGGCCGGCGUCGACUCCAAGUUGUGGCUCAACUACCUGGAGCAGAUAUGCGAAGUGUUCCGCGGGGAGAUUCCGCACGUCAAGCAUCCCAAGCUGGACUACGCGGAGUUCAAGCAGAAGCAGCAGAUCGACAGCAUGGAGGAGUUUGCCAAGCUGCGGCGGUUUGCGGCCAUGAAGGCUGCAGCUGCUGCGGCUCCGGCCGCCGCCAUUCCGAUGAUCGUGCCUGGCCCAGGUGCCGGAGCCGGCGCCGGACGGAAGUCGUCCAACUACCACGAAGAGGAACGCAUGAAGCGAAGCCGCAGGGUGCUGGGAGCGGAAUCUGGUCCAAUGGCCUCACCACAGACCGACACGACAAAACGAGCGAAGAAACGCCGCAGCUACGAAAAGUUUGGCAACAUUGAGGAACGAACCCGGCGCCUGCAGGAGAUCGAAGCGAACCGGCUCGAUCGGCAGACGAAGCGACGCCUGGCCCGGGCCCAGCAGACCCAAAACUUCUUCACCAGUCUGCACAUGCUGCAGGCGAACACGCUACUGCGCGAGAGCGGCGACGACAGUUCCAGCGCCUUCGAGGACUACUCGCUGUUCCUGUACCGGCAGGAGGCGCCGGAGUUUACCGACCGGGUCAAGGAGCUGGAACGGAAGCUGCUCUAUCCCGAUCGCGAUCGCGGUCUAGCUGCGGCGUACCCGAAAGGUCUCGCCGGCGCCGAUGGCGAACAGUUUAGCGAUCGGAUCAAAUCGAUGGAGCAGCGGAUCGGCGGGAAGCACGUUCCGAUCGCCGAGAAGAAGCCGAAAGAUCUGCUGCGGGCGAUCGGCAAGAUCGACAGCAGCGAUUGGAAUGUGAAGGAGAUCGAGAAGAAAAUCGAACAAUCGAAGAAAGCGACCGACAUUGGCAAGAGCCGUGAACGCGUUCCGAAGUGGAACCGCGAGCAAUUUUUAGCUCGCCAGAAUAAGCUCACGCAGCAGCCGGACGACGAGAAGUACAGGGACAUCGACAGUUCACUGAAAGCGAUCGACCGACAGCUGAAGGAGGGCCACAAUCUUGAUCUCGGCGAGCGCGGCAAGAACAAGGUGGCUUCCAUCGCUGGACAGCUACUCAGCACGAAACAGCAACAACAGCAACAGCAGCAGCAGCAGCUACAACAACAACAACAGCAACAAUCGAGUCAGAAAUCGACCUCCAAGGCCGCCCUGGUUCUCACCUCGUCGGGUGUGGCGGAGAAGUGCCACUUCUGCAAGCAGCGCGUCUAUUUGAUGGAAAAGAUUUCCGCGGAGAACUUGACUCUACACAGGUCCUGCCUCAAGUGCCACCACUGCCAUACCAACCUUCGACUCGGAGGAUACGCCUUCGACCGGGACGAUCCCGAGGGUAAGUUCUACUGCACGCAGCACUUCAAACUGCCGUCGAAAACGUACACCAAACCGGUACCAAAGAGGUCGCUGCCUCGAACCCCGCAAGCAGUAGACAAGCAGCCGUUGGCUUCAGCGGCGGCAGCCGCGGUCGCAGCCGCAACCGCAUCAGCCCAGCCUUCCACGCCGGACUCCAAAGCGUCCGGUUUCAGCAACUUCGAUCUGCUGGACCGUGGGGAAACGCCCGAACGUAUCGAGUUCGAGAACGCCGACGAGUCCAUUUCGGACGGCGAAGUGCCGAUGGAGGUCAUCGACGAGAACGAGUGGACCGAUCGGAACUUUGGAACCGAAUCGGACGAGGACUCGGAGGAGGAAACGUCCAGCUCGGAUGAGUCCGAGAGCGACAGCGACUCCGAUUACGAGGAAGCCGCUGGAUCGCCGCUGGGUGCGCAAACGCUACAGCUGGCUUCGGAGUGGAUCAGCGACAAGCGAUUCAACAGCAUGGUCGACAGUGACGACGACUUCUACGGUUAUUCUAGUGAAGAUGAUGAAGCAGAUUCGCAAACGGAAGGCGAAGAGCUGGCUCGGGCCCGUGAGAUACGGAUGCAGGAGGUAAAACUGAUGCCUCUUCCGACGCUUCCGACAGAUACAGAAACCGAUGGUGCAUCCGACUCGGAGUCGGCCUCGGAGGAGAUCAACUCGGCGACGGAGAUUUCCACCGAUUCCGAGUUCGACCACGAGCCCAGCCAUCGACUGCCGCCGCGAAUCUUCAUCGACGAUACGCACCUGCGACGACCGGCUAAAGUACAGGUUAAGCAAGUGACAAUCGAAAAUGGCGUCCGUCAGCGUCGGCAGUUUGUCUCCGCGGCUCCGCAGCGUUCAGCAUCCCCCACGGAGCAAUCGUACCGAUACGACCGCACCGGCCGAAGGGACAUCCAUCUGGAGUUCAAACCCCUGGUGGAAGUUGAUCCAACGAUCAAGCUCAGCCAGAAUCGGGCACCUCUCUCGAUCCCGCGACCCGGCGAUUACACGCUCAGUAAAACCGCCAGCACCGAAGGCAUCGCGUCCAAGAAGAGUCUGGAGCUGAAGAAGAAGUACCUGCUAGGCGAACCGGCCGGCGGUACCGGAGUGCUCAAGAGUGGUUCCGCCUCGGCGCUGGAUUCCAAAUUCAAGAGCUUCCACUCGAACAUCACCGAGUGCCAGAAGCUGCUUAACCCGGCACCGGAGAUCAGCCCGACCAUGCAGACGUUCCUGCAGAAAACGGCGGCUCCGAUCGUGCCGACUCCUUCGCUGCUGUCGCUGAGGAAGGAAGCUUUGAUGGCCGGAAGUAACGACGAGAAGGAGAACGUUUACGAUGGUAAGUUGGUGACCGGGGUUGGAAGUCAGAAGAGGUACGCCGAGACGGUCAACUCGACGUUGGUGGAGAAUAAGCUCAAUGAGAUGAAGCGCGAGGAGGAAGGAAAGAGAGACGAUCGACCUAACAACAACAACGAGAGGAUCAUCGAAACGAUCGACCUGAUCACGCCGGAGAAGGAGAAGAAGGUGGGUGACAAUCGAAAGGAGGAGCGAUCGGAACAGAAGAAUGAGGAAGAUGGAGAUAAGAUCGUGGAGAUGAGGAAUAUUUCCAACUUGAAGCACAUGUACAUAGAUUUGACGGCGGAUUCGCCGAACUGUGAUCGGUCGUUGGUGGAAACGACACUGAACUUUAGCAUGACUCCACCUUCGUCCAGGGGGGUUGUGGGUAGUAAAAGUAAUGGGGAGCUGAAGAAUAGCGUUCCGGAUAUCAUAAGCAAUAUUAAGAUCGAUAAGAAUGAGAACGCAGUUGAGGAGAAUGUGUUGGAAGAGCAGGAACGCACAAGAAGUCCAGCGCAUGAGACAUCGAUCCAGGUCCCUGAGAUGGCAUGGAGCAAGGAUCAGGACGAUGAAGAACUGGGAGAAGAUGAUGAAGAGGACGAUGAUGACAUUGACUCGGACAGCAUAUCGGAUUCCACUUCGAGUACUUCCAGUGUGGACGAUAUUCCGCACUUUAUCCUGGACUCAACCACCAGCCCAGAGACACAGAACGACGAGCGGUUUGUGCCUCGGGUGGAGAUCAGAGACACAGCUGGAGAGCUGAUGCAAAUCGAUAGUCUGAUGAUUAUCGAUGGAAAAUACAUCGGUGAUCCGGAAGAUCUCAAACUGUUGGAGAAGCUGCCACCGGAUACUAAAAUCGCUGCGGAAAUAUCCCAACAGGAAAUGAAUCUGGACAGCAUAUGUGUCGCUUUGGUUGAAGAACCCAAGGAGGACACGGAGGACGAAGAACGCGAUCGAACUCCUACGCCACCUCAACGAAUCGAAGAUCUUGUUACGCCCAUUCCCCUACCGGUGCAAGAACUAGAGUUGUGUCAGGAGCCUCCCAAACCUGCCGCAACAAUUUCGCAACCAUCUAGUCCUACUCAUCCAAAGCCGGAGCUGCGAUUCGACUCUCGCAACGAAAACAAACUAGAGUCGAUGAUCAACCUCCCGCUGGUGCUAGAUCGCAACGAUCAACCCGUAGAGAAACCUCGUAAUCUCAAUUUCACUAGUCGUAGAUCGCCGGAAACCGACGCCGAAAAGACCCCGCUUGCGCCCUCGCAGCUUCUUCCACAACUGGCCAAAGCAGAAGGUUCGGAUUCGGAAACCGAACUAACAGCCCAGAACCUAACCGAAACGGAACUUUCCGACUGGGCGGCGGACGACGCCGUGUCGGAGAACUUCGUUGACAUAGAGUUCGCGCUGAACUCCAACAAAGGAACGAUCAAACGGAACAAGCCGAAGCACGGUCGACUGCAGCAGAAGAAAACCAUAUCGACUCCUCUGGCGCCGAUCGUCGUGUCCAAGCAGACCUUGAGCCAACAAUCUUCCGAAGAUGGAAUUAUGAAGAACCUUGCCAUCGAGGAUAUCGAGUUCAUGGACACCGGCUCGGAGGAGGAAAGCUGCUUGGAAACCUAUUCCACCACCAAUCGAGCGAUGCUCAAGAAUCGAGGCUAUGUAGAGUUUGUCGAUCCGAGUGACCCGCGAAAGGUCGCCACCUUCGGGAUGGUGGGUAGCAACCAAAGCUACUCGCAGCCACAGCAAGUGUCGUCGAAGUCGGCAGCAUUGGUGGAGGCCAUCAACAAACAGGUGGCUGGAGUGGACUACAUCGAACAGGGUGCCUAUUUGCUCGGCAGCGGUUCGGCGGACGAUUCCAAGACGCCGAUGAACGAGGAACCGCCGGCGAAGAUUACGUUUAGUGCGCUGGCCGCGCAGAACAAGGUGCUACAACAGACGACCUCGCUACAACAGCCGGACAGUUUGAACGACAUGGAAGAGGACAGCUUGCUGGUGGUAACUUCUUCUCAAGGAACGACGGGCGAGGCCACCACAGAGGAAAGCGAAGCACCCACAAUCGUAGCAGGUGUGCUGGACCGAACCGGUACGGCCACUACGGGAAGUGGUAGCAGUGGGCGGGGCAGUGUUAGUUCCUUCAGUUCCAAGCACCUGGAAGCGGACAAAUCGUCCGGUAGUCCGGUGCGAAAGGUGUCUACCGAAUCCAGUUCGGCCGGGAAGCGAAGCAGUUUGGAGAGGAACUUGCGAAAAGAUUCUCUGAAGAACAACAUCGAGGAUAUUGGGUACGAUGAGUACGUGAAGAGGUUGCAGCACAAGAUCGCUCAGAUCAGCAGCGCAAGGGAUUCGAUCGAGGUGAAGAAAAGCAAACGGAAAACAUCCAAAGGGGAACUCGGUAUGGAUGAAAAACCGGCUGAAGUGAUCGAAGUUCCAGAACCGGUAGCGAAACCAACGGUAACGAGCAUUUACACCGAGCAAAGUUCAAUAGAAGUGCCAAAAAGUGUGGAGAAGAAGAUCGAGGAGAUCACCAAGGAGCGUGUCAAGCAGAAAGACAUCAUACACGAUCUAGUCAUGGAUAAGCUGCAAACGAAGAAGCAGUUGAACGCGGAGAAGCGACUCAAUCGAAGUCGCAAUCGCAACAACGCUCUCGGUCAUCCGCCUCUUCCACCCAGUCAACCUCAGUCGGCGGUCUAUCAACCGAUCGCGCCGGAGCGGAGAAAUCGACUACUUGGCCAAGACACCAACGGCAGCGUUCUCAAUCAACCUUACAACGCGAGUUCCGUAGCGCAUUCAACUCCUGUUGCACAACCAACCAAUCAACCUAACAAAGAAAACAUCGCUUUCAAGACUCCCGCCAACCUCAUGGUGACCCCUCGAAACGCCGUCAUCAGCGUUAAGAAACCUCCGGACGAGACGCUUACACUAACGGAGCAACUCCGCGAAGAAGCCCGCGCUCGAGCUCGACUAAAAUCCAACCAAGACCUUGGCCUAUCGCCGGAGGACCGAGUUCAACUCCUUCGUAAAAAGUUCCACAUCAACCUGCGGGAGCUGAACGACCAGCACGAUUCGCCAUCCGAACAACAACAACAGCAACAGCAGCAGAACAAAUCCGAUGACACCAAAUUCAACGAACGACACCACCAUCCCGCGAUGAAACUGAUGACUUCGAAGAGCGUCAACGAUGUAUCGGCACUGAAGAAUCUGAGCAACGAUCCGGACUUUAUUUCGUCGACGACGGACAGUUCCGGGCCGAAGGCGGGAUCCAUGCUGAUCGGAAGCAAACUGAACGAUUACGUUUCCGAUCCGAAUCUGGUGCAGAGUCCGGGGCUGACGAACGCCAACGGUGCCGCCAGCGGCGGCGACGAGGUGCGACUUCGACUGCGAAGCAAAUGCAAAGACCGCGAACGGCGGAAAAGCCUCAUCGAAAAAGUUUCGGACUUUUUCAUUAGUCGAAAGAAGGAAAACAGCGGCAGCGCCAGUAACGGUUCUUCGCCCACAAAAGAGAACAAAAAGGCCGAGGGAGCGGGAGAUGCUAGUGCGGUGGCGGUGGCGGCCGCGACGACAACGGGUUCAGCGGCCCCGACCGGCAGCAGUAGUUCAACGACACGGACCGGAUCCAGCUCGACGGGUGGAGGAUUUUUGAGGUUUAAAAUCUCGCCGAAGCUGAAGGAUAAGUCGAAGUCGUGUUUCGAUGUGAGGAAUAUUGGGUUUGGUACCAAGGAAGGUUCCCCAUACGAACGGUGCGCCUCCGAGGAUUACCUAAAACAACCCCCAUCCAGUACUAGUCCGUCGGGUCGUGACACAACGACGACCAGCUCCGUCACAACGGGAUCGCCGUCCUCGUCGGUCAACGCUGCGGUGGCCUCCGGCAACCGGUUCACUCCGAUCGGCCGCAAGGAAGCCGAAGAGCUUGAGCCACCGCCGAUUCCCCCACUGCCACUCAACUAUCAGCGAUCGGAUGACGAAAGUUGCACCACAAACGAGCCAAAGAAUGAACUGAAAAAACUACGUGCAAUGACGAAGGCAUCGCGUCAAGCUGAAUUGAAAAGACUGAGAAUUGCUCAAGAGAUACAACGAGAGCAGGAGGAGAUCGAGGUCAAGAUCAAGGACCUGGAGACGCGCGGAGUCGAGAUCGAGAAAGAACUCCGCGGCGAAAGCGAAUCCCUCGAAAAGAACAUCGAAAACCUCGGUGCCAACGACGAGGGUCUGGUCAAGGAGUGGCUGGAGAUCAUGCGGAACAUCACCCGGCUCAAGGUGCGCGACGAGGAGCUGAGCAUACGGCAGCAGGAGCUGCAGCUCGAGCACCGGCACGCCCAGCUCAAGGAGGAACUGAACAUGCGACUGUCCUGCAGCAAGCUCGACAAAAACUCGUCGGACGUCGCGGCCGAGGGUGCCAUCCUGAACGAAAUGUUGGAAAUCGUGGCCAAACGGCAAGCGCUAAGACCUUCGCUGGAUGCUGCGGCGGCGGCAGCGGCUGCGGCCGCGGCUGCCGUCGGAGUGCCCCAUUCCGCCGUUGCCAUGGUUCCGUCCCCGUCCACGCGGAUGACGAAAGAUUCCGAUGUAAGCACUGAUGGUGAUGAAGAUGAUGAUGAUGAUAAUGGUGGUGAUGAUGUUAAUGAUGUUGUUGAUGAUGAUGAUGCGAAUGAUCUUGUUAACGAUGGUGGUGAUGAUGGUGGUAACACAUGUGUGACCGUAGACACUGAUUUAAGCACAGCAGCCGAUGUGAUCUAAAAACAGCAAGAGGAAGGGGAUUUCGCACACUUUUCUCCUUUAACUGUAUCUCACUCCCAUGGAGCGUUCGCGAGAAGAGGAUGGAAGAUUGUGUCGCGCCGAAACCAACGAGAUCACGAUGACGGUGACGAUGACGACGAAGCGUAGAUGUUUGUGUUAAGUGCUAAAAGUUGACAUUUUGUGUUUGCGCCGAUGUGUACAAAGAUGCGAUUCGAUCCAUCACUAUAAAAUAGUGAUGGAGUGAUGGAGGGAGGAUGCGCAAUAGUCUAUUGUGAGCAAAUGGCUUCGAACGAGGUGGAUAUCCAAAGCUUUCGGUUCCGAAGUUGGUUCAGAGACACCGGAAAUGACAGGGAAAGUUAAGGCUAGUUAGGCUGCCAGGGUCACAGGUCAAAGACACAUUUUUUGUUUUGUUUUUAGGAUGAAAGACGAUCGGAUUUUUGUUUGUUUUUUUAGACUGUCACCUCAGAUUUUCUUUAUAUUAUGUCGUUAUUGGAAAAUGUGUUGCCGAUUCUAUUAUAGCGCUAUGUUUAUUAUUAUUUGUUGACCCGAAUUGUAGAGAUUUGCAUGACAGGAUUUUGUUGCUUUACUCUUUUUACCAGUGUAUGUUUGCCUUCUUUCUCUUUGUGUGUUGUACAAAGUGUUCAUCAAAGCUCUUAAAUACACUUUUCUCAAGGAUUUCGCUCUCCUUUUUUCGUUGUGCAAACUAUUUUAUCGUUUAUUUUCUCGUUUCACUCAGUCUGUGUUGCAAUGACUUAGAAUCAGUGUAAAGUUUAACCUUUUAGUGAGUCUUUAGUUUAAUUCUUCUUUAAUAACUUUCAAUAGACAAAUAUACAAUCAGUUAGCACACUUACACAGAUACCGAGACACAGUGACACGUGCAUUAUAAAUACACCCACACAACUAAACUAGAUUUGAUGAGAACCGCACAGGGACGGACGCACACAGGUGGAUUUUGAAAUAAGGUUUGAGACAUAAUUGGAUGAGGUAGGAAAAAAAAUAUUCGAGUGAAAAUCAGGGACAAACGGACGGAGAAUUUGAAGUAAUAUUCAAAACUGAUGUCGUAGAGUGUAGACAAACCUCGAUUUGUCUAUUGAGGCUUGUCAACCAAAUCGCACUUGAGAUUUAGCAUAACAAGAAGGAUGCAUGUCGAUUAUCAAAUUGAUGGUGGCUCUCACGGAGGAGUUUUUAAAAGGUUCGAAGGAGGAAGUCGUUAGUAAGUGUUUGAUAAGAACAUUGAUGAGAUUCUUCAGAAUUUUUUGACGUAAAUAUUAGGUGGUCACAGAUGGAAGCUCACAGAUAAAUCCUAUAUACUACUGCGGAAGACAUGCUUCGCCAGAACUACUAGAUGUAUGGUGGCUCUAAAAGAGGAAAAGAUUUUUUAAGGAAGUGGUAGGAAAACCCACGAUGCUGAUUGAAUGCCUCGCCAAAACUCCCAAUUGUAUGGUGGCUCUCAAAGAGGAAAGGAUGCUUGGAGGAAAUCGUGGAAAAAUGUUUGUUGAAAAACUGAUUAGAUGUUCGAUGGAAUAUCCUCAAGAUGUUUGACGGAUGUGCUAGCUGAUUCUGUGAAUAGACUAUCCACAGAAAUUAUGGGCAUUCUUAGAAAUAAGUAAUUCGGAAAGAUUUCAUGGAGAAACUUCUAUUGUUCUAACUGUUUUUAUUUUGUAAUAAUCUUGGCGAUUUCUCCAACAAGCUUUCUGAUAGUAUCUAUUCUGAUAAAUCAGUAAUUCCUUACCUCGAGAUUUUUUUAUCGCAGAUUUCUUAGAUGCUCUCAAAAAGACAUCCAUGAAUGUGAUCAGCAGUUAUGCACCAAUUUCAUGAAAAUUAUUUUGUCUUUUUUUUUUCUGAUAAUGCAUCAUGUACUUCCGCAAGAACCUGUUUUUGAUAUCGUGCUUCAAAUUUCGCCAAACUUUUUCAAUGACAAACAUCCUUACAAUUUCUAGAGGGCAAGCUCGUAAAAAAUAAACAUCAAAUACCUGACGAUUUCCUAGACAAACUCUUAGUUCUACUGCUGAAAGAAUGCAUUGCCAAUGCUUCCAGUUGUAUGGUGGCUCCCAAAGAGGAAAGCAUCCUUGGACAUGCCAAAAAUGACGAGAUCCAUGAAGAUAUUUUAACUUCUUAAACUUGUGUCUUUUGUUUCACGUCCGUUUAUCUCUGAUAGGAGCGAUCUUCUUUAUAGGUUGAACAAACAUCGCAAUCACUAUAUAAACUCUGUUUUCCGAAAAACAAACGAUACAAAAUUAUAACCGUCAGAUUAAGGGGGCCUCCGCUAUAGUAGCUUCGUUCCAAAAUUCGCUAUAGCUAGAAGAGAAUCGUCGAAACGAUAAUUUUCUUGUGACAUUUUUGCAGUAUUACGUAACUUUUAGAGAGGGCGCCUUGCGGAUGCGGCAAGGGAGAGAAAUUUUUAGCAGCAAAGCAAAUGGGGAAAAACUGAAGCCGGUCCUAAUCGCGUUAGAGAUGAAGAUAAUAAAUGACAAUUAACUACUAAUCCAAAUGACUGUACUGAGAGUACACUAAAAUUAACUCAAACUCAAAAAGAUACGAGUUUCGUUUUUCUCUCGAUAGAAUCUAGAACAGGGCGGUAGGAAUUUAUCACGGAAUGCAAUUUUCGAGAUGUUACAGGAAGCAGGAUGAUUGAUGGACAGGUUUUAUUGAUAGCAAUCGCAAGAAGUCAGAGGAGCGCUGUAGAUAGUUUCGAAUAAAGGAGUACUGCUAGGAUCGCGUUAUAUUGCUGUUUGUAAAGCAUGAUAAGGCUUUUUGACCUCAAGUUAGCCGAAAAAAGGCAUCGAACGCGGCCGAAUAGAAAUUCUAUAUUUUUAGGCAUUAUGCGCAAAGAAAACACACAUAAGAUUGCUAAUUUUCUCUACCCAGUUAACCAACAAAAACAAAAAAUAAAAGCUAAAGUUGCGCGAAUUCCGUGCGUGAAAUGAUCACGAACAAAUUAACCAACAGAACAAACAACAGCAACAAGAACAACAGAACAGUGAACACAUUAUUUUCUAACAAAUUUUCAACAUUUAAACUACACUAUCGCUAAUUGAAACAAAAAAAAACAAAAACGAAACAUACAAAUGCGAACAAACUAAUACAAGAAAACAGAAAACCAAGGAAGCUUUAAUCAAUUUUGAACAAAGGGAUAGAUACCGAAAAAGAAAUAAAAAAUAACAAAAAUGAAAAAAAAAACAAUAAAAAGCUGAAAAUGAUUGAAUUGAA